UAGGACAUCUCCAAUCCACCACCAUAACUCAAUCAUCAUCUCGAUCUUUCUCCGCUCCCCUCAAUCCUCAAUUGAUCUUCAUACUUGAACCCCUCAAAAUACAUAUAAUACAUAAUAAACCGAUAUAAGAUAAUACAAAAUGUCCACCCCCACAAAAGACCAAAUCAAAGCCCUCGAACAAUCCCGCCAACGUCUCGUCCAACUCACCCACUCGCUGGCCUCGCUCAUCGGAAGUUUGAACCAGAGUGAUCCUCUUCCGUCUUGGCCCUCCCUCCAAUCCCAAGCAACAAUCCUCUCCAACAACCUCCUCUCCAUCUCCGAACACCUCUCCGAGAACCAGCCCCUCCUCUCCUCGCUAGUCGCCUACCCGGGCCCGGACUUCCCGGGUCGCACGCAAGCGCCGACGCUUGAGCAGCUUCUGCGGACGAAGCUUGAUCCGCGCGUGGAGGAUUGGGUUGCGCGGGGGAGGCGACGGGCUGUUCCGGAUACCAACACUAACAGCAAUGAUAAUGGCAACAACGACGGCAAUGAGAACGAUAACGAUCAUGAUUUAAGCGAGCAUGAUCUAGCUGAAUUAUGGCACUGGGCGCCCGUUGAAGCAAACCGGGAAGCGAGACAGCGCGACUGGGGUGGUGAUUACACCCUCGAGGAGAGGGAGGGCGGUGUCGCGAAUGUGGUUACUGGGUUGCGGCGCGUGCUGGACGACGGGGAGGAUGAUAUGGGGAGUACGAGUGGGAGCAGUGAGGGCGAGGGGAAUGAGGGGCAGGGCGAGGAGGAGGAGAUGGAGGUUGUGGGCGUGAGGAUGAGGCCUGGCGCUGGGCUGUUGCCGGUGGUGGUGGGCUUGAGUUUGAUAUUGCUGCUGGGGGCGCGCAUGGUGAUGGCGCCUGUUGUGCCUUUGGAGGGCAUUCUACGGUUUAUGACUACUGGGGCACAGCCCAGUCAGCGGUGA